GGGCAGGGAAACUCCAGGAUCCCUCGGAAGUAUUGCAACCCUGCAGGGAACAGCAGCUCGUCUGGGAACAUCAUUCAGGUGUGUGGCCCUGGGCAGUACCGAGAGUGGCAGGGCCCUUUUGAAGGCCUGUGUGUGUCCUGCAGCUGCCAUGGCCUUUCCCACAAGUGUGACCCCAUCACAGGAAGAUGUUUGAACUGCCAGUAUAACACUGCAGGAGACCACUGCGAGCACUGUGCGGAGGGUUACUAUGGUGACGCCGUGCAGAGGACAUGCAAGUUGUGUCCAUGUCCUUUCUCUGUGCUGUCCAACAGUUUUGCAUUGGGGUGUAUGCAGGUAGGUUCAGACGUGGAGUGUGUGUGUAAACCAGGUUACACUGGACUGAGAUGCCAAAGGUGCUCAUCUGGUUACUAUGGUAACCCACUGUUACCAUUUGGAAGGUGCCAGCCAUGUAACUGCAACCAUGGUAACGCCAAUAAAUGUCACCCUUUAACUGGAGAGUGCGAGAAUCCUGACGGUACCGGCGAUUGCCAAGAGUGUGACAUCUGUGUGGUGACCCUGAUGAAGGAUCUGGAGGGGAUGGAUGAUGAACUUUCCCGCCUGAAGUCCAAACUGGGAAAACUGACCGGCAGCAGCAUCCCUCUGGCUCAACUCAAGAAGCUGGAGGAGGCCAUAACUGUUACCAGGGAGCUUCUAAGCAGGCUCAAGGCCUCUGCUGUUUCCCUGGAGCCCAAAGUCAAACAGCUGGAAAUGGACAUGGGCACCAUAGAUGAGGACCUGGUCACCCUGGACAACAAGGCCAGAAAGCUCUUCCCUCAGUCCGAGGAGGUGCUGAAGACUGUGAACCACACCAAGCACAGAAGCCAGGAGCUGCUUAACAGCGUGGGAGAUCUUUUGAACGACAUACAGGACCUCCUGGACCAGAUCGCCAGGGGCAACCACACCAGCGGUCCGGUCUCUGACAAGGAUGCUGUGCGGAUGCUGGGGGAGGCCAAGCACCUGGUUCAGGAGAUGAGGAGACAGAACUGCUCGGGCCAGAGGACCGUGGCCCACACCGAGCUCCGUCAGGCCCAGAACCUGCUUGAUUACAUCACCCGGAACCUCACGGAUCCUUCGAGCACCAAUCAGGCGUUGGCAGACAGGAUCGGGGGAUCUCUCAUGAGAGAUCUGGCCAGACUCAGGGACCUGCAGAAGGCCCUGGAACACGCAGAGAGCGCGCUGAAAAGCACACACAAGCUCAACCAUCAGAGCCAGGCCACACUCAGGAGGCUACAGUCUCGCGUGAUGGAACUGACGGAGGAGAGAGACUCCGUCACCUCCGGCCUGCAGAUGACCAGACAGCUGCUGGGGAAUGUGUCUGACCAGCUGAGCAUGAUACAGGACAUUAAGACAGAAUAUGAGCAUCUGGCAGCACAGCUGGAUGGGGCAGAGAGCGAUCUUGUUAAGAAACUUGGCUCCCUUUCCUCCUUGGCAUCAGUGGCGGGUCUUGUGCAACAGGCUGAGAUCCACGCUCGAAACCUCAGCGAUCUGGCCAUGGCGCUCUCCAUGAAGCUCCAAAGCGUGGUCAAAGGCUCAAAUGUGCACCACUUCUUCGAGGUCAUCAGGGCGUACACAGAUAUUAUUGAGGCCGUAGAGAAGGCUGAGACUGCAGCCAGAGAGGCCAAGGAGGCAGCAGACAGUGCACUGGAGGAUGUGACGAGGCAAGACCUUAUCAGCCGAGCCUCGAGCCUGAUUGUGGAUGCAAGAAGCCUGCUGUCCAAAGCCAAGGAGGCAGAGAAGAACCUGAAUGACACGGCAGAGGAAUUGGGUUCACAGCAGGAGAGAGUCGGUCGGGUAAAGGACAAGAUGGCCGCCCUCUGGAGGGACCUACAGGCCAGCCAGCAGAACCUCAGCAUGAUCAACAGAGGUGACACAGACGCUCUCCUGAACUCCACCAAGGCAGCUGUGUCGUCCGCCGAGGCCAGGGUCAAGGCCAUGAUGACUAGACUGCAGGAAAUCAGUGCUGGCCUGAAGAACAUAAGUGUCCCAUCUGCGGGGGCCGGAUCGGGGGGUUCGGAUCUGGACGGGGUGCUGAACCAGGCAAACAAUGCAUUGCAGGCCCUGAACCAGACCUUUCCCACGCUGGUGGACACACUCGCAGAUGUGGAGAACAUGAGCGCUCUGGCUCCCCCUGGUGGAAACAUGUUGGACAGCAUGAGGCACAUCCGAGAGCUGAUUGAGCAAACGAGGCAGAUGGCUAACGCGAUCAAAGUGCCCAUGAUGUUCACUGGUAAGGGCUAUGUUGAACUCCGCCCUCCGGCUGACCUCAGGGACCUCCGUGCGGUCACGACCCUUGACCUCUACCUCCAGCGCCCCCCUCUCGAGCCCCCGAGGGGUGACUCGAACAGCAAGCGCAGACGCAGACAAGGCCGAGAGAAAGCAGAGGACACGUUUGUGUUCUACCUGGGCAACAAGAAUACUAAACUCAAUGCGUUACCUCUAGACUAA